AUGGCGUCUCAAGGGUCUCCACCUGUGACCUGUGUUAGCUCGGAGCCUCAUGACGAUGACAUUCGAGACUACGUUCAGCAUUAUAUGGGAUGCAUUGAGAUAUCUGAGCGCCGUGGAUUCUUCGACCCGAACAAGCCGUUAUGGAAAAAGUCUGAGCACUCUGCGAAUAACGGAGAUAAUAUCACUGCACAGAUGAAGUCGAAGCAAAUAACUCCAGAUCAGGCACAGGCGGCAUGCCGCUUGGAGAUUCGGCGAGCCAGGUACCUGCGCAAGGUUCUUGCCAACGACCCGAGCGAAACGAAACUCGUCGACAAGAUCAUGAAAACUCGCGCGAAAUGGGUAGCCUCCGAGCAAUACAAAUCUGGCAUGAAAGCAAUCCGUACCUGGAAGCCAAACCGCAACAGGGCUCAUGAGGACGACAGUGACGACAGUGAUGGCCAGCCUCUAAAGAAAUACGACCCUGAGCUGGAUAUAAACGUGCAUAUCCUCAAGUAUAAACGAGACUCCUCAAAGAACCUGAGCAUGCUCCCCCACGAGAAGAUGAAGGUGAAGAAGGUAUUAGAAAUGGAAGACUCGAACCCCCUGCGCUAUCAGGAAGGUACACCUGAGAAGGAUACGAUUAAAUAUGUGCACCUACCAGCCAAUAAUAUGGAGUGGGCUCAAAAGGCAAUUGCGCGGUUCUUCGGUGACAAGGAUCCAGUUCCAACUGCCGCGAGACAUCGCAUCCGACAACAAACACGCACUGACAUGAUGCUUCGACCCCACUUCUGGCUUGAUCAACAGCAUGGUAUAUCUACUAUUGAGCGUAACCCCAAGAAUAUGGUUCUCUUCAUGCCAUAUCUGCAUUGGGAAACAGAUCAGCAGCGACAUCGCUUUGCGCAUCACAUCGAGGACCUUACAGCGAACCACCGGAAUAGGCUGAAGGCUUGGGAGAAGGAGCAGAAGACACGCAGAAGAAGGGACAGAAGAGGACUCGAACGACCGGGGUGGAUCAUCAAAGAUCUGGAGAUGGAAGAGGAGGAGUUGAAGUCAAGGGGAUAUCCGACUCGCACGAAUAAUGGGGAGGAGUCUGAGCCAAGCGGAAAUCCCGCUAUCACGAAUGGUGAGGAAGUGACGGCGGGACUGUCACCCAUCGAUGACAUUCCUGCGGCAGUGGAUAGAGUGUGGCCCGACCAGCACCGGAGAGCGGAAGACAGAGAAGAAACCCCUGCUGAGAAAAGGCCUCUGGGAGCAUAUUUGAAGAGUGCCGCCGCCUUGUACGAGGCUAUGGCAAACUACCGUGAUAAGCGCCUACUCGCGAGAUAUCUCCACCACAACCCGCCCAUGCAUCCCCGUCGAACGUUGGACCAAGCCUACUACUGGAGUCUGAACACAACAAAGUCCAGGGACAGAGACCAAGUGGUCUCGAGGGUUCUGAUGGUCGAUCAGUUGUGGAUGUGGAUUCUCGAGGGCCAAACUAUCCUCACCUGUUUUCCUAAGCGGUAUGGAACUAACCGACACGAUGAAUCCGGCGUUCACAAAGCUAUACGUGUCCGCUUGGACAAUGCAAGGCCAAAUCAGAUUCGGUCCAUAUAUGACCUGGCUCUCAUCAUUCUUGAGGAAUCCAUGCAGACCCUGUUUGAUAAGAGCAAGACUGCUGACCGCCGCCCUCAAGUUCUGGACACCUUUUCAGAUGCAAUCGGUAUCGUGACCACCAAGCAGACCGUUGCUUUCGAAAAGCUUUGGCACUGGACUGAAAAAGCGAACAUGGCGUAUCGCGGCAAGACAGAGAUUGAUGUCAACGAUAUCUACAUUCCGCUUCUCAACAUCAACCCAGAGGGCAUGCUUCAGCGGGAGAUCAAGGACAUCAUUGAAGAGCUGGACAUCAUGCUUCAAAUAACAAAGUCUCACAAGAUUGUGCUGAGAGACUUCAUCACCAAUGUGGAGCACAUCCUCGACCCAGACGGCGUCUUCGGCGGGGUGCGAAAACGGCUUCACAAGGAUCUAUCCUCAUCGCCCCCACCGGGACCUCAAGACUUGACAGGGAUCAAUCCCCGCAAGGCGCAGUCCGAUGAUUGGAAUAUCAAUGACAAAGAAAAGUUCAACUGGUUCAGACUCAACGCAGAUGAACUGUGGAACAGAGUCAGCCGGCGAAUCGAAGAGUUGGAGGACCUUCGCCAGAGUGCUGAAAGCACAUCGAAUAGUUUGAAGGAUCUCCUCGCUCUGAAGCAGCAGCAAGCAAGCGUCUUGCAAGCUUACCAGUCUAUCCAGCAGGCGGAGCAAACAGUCAUUCAGGGCAAAUCGAUUCUCAUGUUCACUCUGGUGACCAUUAUCUUCUUGCCACUGUCGUUCAUGGCUAGCAUCUUUGGAAUGAAUGCUGUCGAGUUUGGCUCCGCUGGUAGUCUGGCUCUGAGGGACGAGUUGAAAUUCAUGUGCAAUCCCGAUAUCCAUUUCGAUAAUCUUCCUCACCCUGAAUCUUGCAUUCAUGCGGAUAUUGACAGCUUGGCGAUCAAGAGGGCGUCGAAAUUUAAGAAACCGGUCCAGGAUGCACUGCAUGAGAAGAAAAAGGCCAAGAAACUGGAGGAGGGUAAGAAGAAAGGAGAAGAAGAGUUGGCUAAGAAGCAAUUAGAGCAGUCUCCGGAACUGGCGCCGACUCAAGAGCAGGUAAAUGGUGAACAAAGCACGUCGACGGAUCAGAACGGAACGGAAAGCACCUUGCGGCAUCGGAUCUCCGCGUGGAAGUUACGGGUAUCCUCCCUGGCUUCCCUCCCCGGGCUAAUAAGGGGAAACCGUGGUCACCGAGGUGUCCAAGACGAAGAGGGGCGCGCAAUUGAGAUGGGUCAGGUGCCGACACGGAGUGAUAUGGACGGACCGCGCAGAAUGAACGGAACAACUGGAACAAGGGCUAUCUGA